GAAAAAACGAGGCGUCGUGUCUGCGUUGGUGCGGAAAUUCUAUGCGGGCGGCGAAAGUGUUGCUGCUUUGGUAUAAAAGCCGCUGCCGCCUCCACGCCUGGCAUCAAUCAAGCUCAAAAUGCAGUCCAAAAAGAUUCUCGUGGCGUUCGCAGCACUGGCCGUGGUGGCGAUUGCCGCUCAGGGACUCGCCGAGGGAGAAUUCGACGACGCCCAGCAACAACACGAGGGCAGUGGUCGUUACGCGAGGGCGGCAUACCACCACGAGGGAGGCAGCGGGGGCGGCGGCGGUGGCAGUGGAGGCGGCUCACCCAACGGCGGCCACGGCGACGAAGUCGAAUACGGCGCGCACACGGGAGAAAAGGGGGCGUUCGAAUGGCACGCCCACUACCCCGUCGGACACCACUAAGGCGACCCAAAAAUCUACUCUGAUCUCAUUUUAACAUUUACACCCAUCUGUUUGAUUCGAAUUGACAAUAAAAUGGUUUUUCUUUUCCUAA